AUGAGGCUGUUCGAAGGACUAUUGUUCCUUGCCUUGCUGGUGAUAAGUCCGGUCCAUGCCAUCGACUUGGUCCUCGGAGAUGAAGCAUCCGUUAAGGCGGCUGCAAAAACAAUAGCCUUUGGCAUGACUGAGUACUAUACUGGCGACAAUCCGGGAGACGUACCCGGGAACCUCCCCGACCCAUACUUCUGGUGGGAGGCAGGGGCGAUGUUUGGGAUGCUUGUUGAGUAUUGGGCCCUGACGAAGGACGACACCUACAAUGUCAUGACGAUGCAGGCCCUUCUUCACCAGGCGACAGAGAACGGCGACUUUAUGCCACCUAACCAGACCCGAACGCUCGGAAAUGAUGACCAAGGGUUUUGGGGGAUGGCCGCCAUGUCAGCCGCCGAGUACAACUUUCCAAACCCGCCGCAGGACAAGCCGCAGUGGCUCGCCCUCGCUCAGUCCCUCUUCAACCAGUGGGCGACUCGUUGGGAGGAAUCAACAUGUCAAGGUGGCCUGCGCUGGCAGAUAUUCAGUUUCAACGCAGGCUACAACUACAAGAACAGCAUCUCAAAUGGCUGCUUCUUCAAUAUUGCCGCCCGGCUGGCCCGGUACACUGGCAAUCAGACCUAUGCCGAGUGGGCAGCCAGAAUCUGGGCAUGGGAAGAAGCCAUCGGUCUAAUUACAUCCGACUACCAGGUGCACGACGGCGUCCACAUUAACACCAACGACAACACCUGCAGCCAAACCGACACUAACCAAUGGACCUAUAACGCCGGCAUCUUCCUGCAUGGCGCAGCUGUCAUGUACAACCUCACCUCCAACCCCAUCUGGCGUGAGCGCGUCGAAGGCCUGCUCCGGACUACCGUCUCAACCUUCUUCACCCUCCCCGAAAAUAACACCAACAGCCGCACGCCCGUUAUGCACGAACAGCUCUGCGAGCCUUUGUCCCUCUGCAACAUCGACCAGCGCAGCUUCAAGGGCUACCUUACCCGCUGGCUCGCCAACACCGCGCAGCUUGCGCCCUUCACUUUCCAGACGAUACAACCCCUCCUCCUCGCCGAUGCAGCCGCCGCGGCACAGGCCUGUACAGGUAGUGUGCGAACCCUGGUCCCCAACAUACCCGGAGCCCGACCAGAGCCACCGUUCCGCGGCGAGCCGGGCACCGCAUGCGGGUUCCGUUGGACUGUGAACGGGUUCGACGGGCAGACUGGGGUUGGCGAGCAGAUGAAUGCGCUGGCGGCAGUGAUGUACUCGAUGGUCGUUGAUCCCAAUCUCAGCCAGUUCGCUCCGGUGCCUCUGACGGCUGUGUCGGGGGGCACGUCAAAGGGGGAUCCGAGCGCGGGGACGAGUCCGCGGGGCGCGGAGGAGGAGAGGAAGAGGCUGUUGGAUGGGGAGAUUACGAUUAAGGACCAGGUGGCGGCUGGGUUUUUGACAUCGGCGAUUGUGCUUGGGGUUGUGAUGGGGUGCAUUUUUGUGAUUAUUUAA